CCACGCCCGUGUUUUCCCUCCCGCGGUCCCCUAAUCACACGAUCUUGUUACCUAAACAUCCACCCUUCAACCUUCCCAUGUCUCAGCCUUCAAUACGAACUACCAUCUCUUCUUCCGGAAUUAUUCACCGCGCAUCCUCAUAGAACACUUUUAUCUACCUCAAGCCAAGAAACCAAGAAAACCUAAAACGCCCCCUUACCCUCAUGACUGCCGUAGCCCUCGCUUACGCCCUGACAACCCCGACACCCAUGUGUUUGAGGUUGCUGUUGGCCCCCAAACCAAAGGGCCAAAACCUGCGAAGUAGAGAUAGACAGCCACUACUAAAGUCGUCUAAAUUAAUUCCUUGGCCCGAUCCUAAUUCAUCUAAGCCAAAUCAUACCAAUCAGCCUCAGCCAGCGGGCGGCCCCUUGGAUUCCCUGUCCUUACUUUAUACUACUUAGUCUAGUGCGUGUGGAUGGAUAGACGAUCAACGGCUGUCUGUUUUGGUUUACCUGAACGCCAACUAACGCUAAUGCAAGGCUGUGUUCGUGUGUGGAGUCUGUCCUG